AUGAGGGAAGAAGGGCUGAGAAGAGAAGCUGAAAAAGAAAGAAAGGCGGCCCUCGUUCGCAUGAAAGAAGAACUCGAAGAGAGAAUUCACCAACAGCGCAGAGCCAUA